AUGUACAGACAACCACAGUAUGGGACUAGGGGGAAAGGACCUUGGGGGGUCUCUAGCAAGGCCGACCAACCCCCGUCCAUCAAACGGGUCCGCGCGUUUGGAGAUAACGAGGUCAACGGGAGCGAGUCGGCAACCUCAGCUUUAUCCAACUUACUGACAGACAAGCACGUCUACGGCUCCUCGUUGAUAUCGAGAGAUACCAGGCCAAAAUUCUCUCAAAGUUUUUUAUCGCGGCUGAAUCAUGGCGGUGCCGAGGCUCGGAGGAUCAAGAGACGCCUUCAAAAGGCUAAGGAAGCCACUGCUGACCCGUUUAAACCAGAAAGAUUGCUUACUCCUGCUCCCGUUUCGGGUCGGCAGCACAUUCAGCUUCAGACAGAAGAACACCUGAUUGAGUUGACGCAACAUGCAAGGGAGUUUAUGGCUGAGACGCAGACUGAGCCAUGGAUGGACAAACCUCCCACGCCUAUGUUCAGGCCACAUCGAGAGGAAGUCCAUGUGGCAACGCAAAUUCUAGAUGGCGACUUGUUUGACUUCGAGGAAGAAGUGGUGCCGAUCCUCGAGGUCAUCGUCGGGAAGGUGUUGGAACAAAGCAUCACUGAGGUUCUUGAAGAAGAAGAGCUGGCCGCGAUACAAAAGCAACAAGAUGAGUUCGACAGAGCUCGUAUGCUAGAACUUAUCGAAGUGCAACGUCUCGAAGCGGCUGAGAAACGACGACAAGAGGAAACAGAGCGACGCCUGGCACAGGCACAAGCCUGGCAAGAAAUCAAACUUACAACUUAUCGGAGGAUGCUGGCGAUGGACUUUGCUGCCGUUCAAAGGCGAGGGUGCUCGCAGAUGGCCCUUCGUGAGCUGGCAGAGUCCGCGAACCUGUUCAUGCAUCCGAACGUUGUCGCCUUCAUGAAGGACGGUGUCAGCACCAUCGUGUCAGAUUGUCUGCGCGCGCGGCUGCUUUCAAACCAUGAAGAACAAGAGAAGAUGGUUGAGGACGCGAUGAUGGAGAAGCACGGUCGACAACAACGACUUCGACUGGAGCAAAUUCGCGUCAAGAAUGAGAUUAGAGCUAGAAUUAAGCGAGAAGGCGACGAAAGAGCGGAGAUGGAAGCAGCCGAUAGCCUUGAGGAAGUGCGAAAGUGGGAGGCAGCCGAGGCUGCCAGACUGGCACAGGAGGCGGAAGAGGAUGCACGUCGGGCAGAAGAGGAGGCACUGCUGGAAGCAGAGAGGAACGCAAACCGAGCUGCAGGCGACCUUGACGAGUACGAAAAUGAAGAUGAGGAGGAAUAAAGUCUCUGGUGACAAACACGAAACGUCUCCAGCUGUUUCAGACCAUGAGUUUUAUAAACAUCGCCUGUCACCCUACUCGACCUUUGUUCGCAUCGCAGAUCUUGAACGC